GGUGGAUCCAGAUACGCAGCUAAAAAUAGAUCAGGUCUGUGUUAAAGGGAAGAACCCAGCAGGUAUUGGUGCUUAGUCUGUGUGACUGAAGAUCUGACAGCACCAUGUUGAAGGCUGUGUUGGUGAUUACUCUGUUGGUGGUGGCUGUGGCUCUGGAUGAGACUCCUGAGUCUCCUGAAACUGGGGGCAUCAUCAUCAACCUGAACAAUGGUGAGUUGUGUGCGAUCAGUGGUCAGUGUAAGAGCUCCUGUUGCCAUCGCCCGGACCCCCUCGGCCUGGCCCGCUGUGCCCCCCGUGCUGCAGAGCGAGAAGUGUGUUCCAAGAAGAGCCUGUAUGAAACAUAUUACUUCUGCACCUGUGAGGACGGCCUCAGGUGUGAAGGUGAUUGGUCCAUUGGCGGUUCCAUCGUCAACACCAACUUCGGAAUCUGUGAAGACCCCAGAGCUCCCAAACAACCAGGCCUUCCUCCACACAACACAUAAUGCAACGUCCUUAAUGACCUUAAUGGAAAAGUCACUGAAUGCUAAUUGGGUUUACAUUAAACAUUAUUCAACACACA